UGUUUUGAAAUUCUUCUAUAGGAAAAGGCACAUUAAUCUAGCAGGUGGAGCAUGUGAUAUGACUGGGAUAAGGAAGAGAAAUGAAGAGCAUGUUGUCACUUGAGGGAGACUGCCUUAGAAAUGUUACCAAGUUAGGGUUGGGUGUUUCCUAUCUUUUGGAAGAACGGGCCUAAACAACAACUUUCUCCUCAUCUUGUAGCUACCAGGAAGGCACUAUGAUUGAGAUUAGAGAUGCUCCUUUGGUUGGUUUUUCAUUAAGUGUAAAUUAAACUAACUUUUACAAAAUAGUUAUCAAAAGGAGAGGAGUGAAACAAUGCCAUAUUUGUAAUAUUUGUAAAGGACUUAUUUCACAUAGCCUUUGUGUCUUGAAAAAAAUGAAAUUGGAAAGUCAGAGAAACAACUAGAAUCAAAAGCCUAUAUUUGAAUUUGAGCUUGGUUAUUGGAUUUUGUGAACAUUAAUAUUUACCUCAGAAUUAUUUUAAAGAUCAAAUGAGGUUGCUUUAAAAUCUUUGGCAUGGUGUCUGACCCAUGGUACAUGCUUAAUAAAUGGCAGCUAUAUUAAUAAUAAUGAAUAUAUGAUUGAAUACUUUGGCUACACACAAAAAAAGGGAGCAUAAGGGAGGGUGAUAAUAAAAUAGAUAACAUUAGGCAGGGGUGUCAUGAGGAUUAGUGUGACUUGUUGCUAAGUGCAAAAGCAAAACAAUAACAUAAAAACAAGCUUGCUAAGUACUGAGUGGAGGAGAGAGAUGGGGGCAGACGCUGCAGGGAAAAAAAAAAGCUGAUUUAAAAAGGCCCUUUGAUUCCACAGGCACAAAAAAUCCACAGCCAGGAAUUUGCUGCCACCUCUGAGUCAGGCAGGGGUUGGGGGUGGGGUGCACAAUCCCAUUAGUAGAGAAUGCCCAGUGGAUUUAGUCUGUGAGAGUCACAUUUCUUAUUUGGACCAGUGUAGACAGAGACAAACCCAGCUCACUUGUUUCCUGGGACAGUUAAGUUAGGGAAUGGCUUUCGCAGAGCAUUCAUCAUUGACCCCUCGCCGCCGGGACCUUUGUGGCCGCUCUAUCUGGCUAGCAAGGAAGAUUCGUUCAGACCUGACUGCUCUAAUGGAAUCUUAUGUGAAGCAUCAGGGCCUGAACAAGGACAUCAACCUGGACUCUGUGGAUGGUGUUCCAAUGGCAAGCACUGAUCGGUGGAGUGAGCUGACCGAGGCAGAGCGGCUCCAAGAGAACCUCCAAGCUUAUCGUACCUUCCAUGUUAUGUUGACCAGGCUUCUAGAAGACCAGCAGGUGCAUUUUACCCCAACUGAGGGUGACUUUCACCAAGCUAUCCAUACCCUUCUACUCCAAGUUGCUGCCUUUGCUUACCAACUGGAGGAGUUAAUGGCCCUUCUGGAACACAAGAUUCCCCCCAAUGAGACUGACGGGAUACCUAUCGUUGUUGGAGAUGGUAGUCUCUUUGAGAAGAAGUUGUGGGGCCUAAAGGUGCUACAAGAGCUUUCUCAUUGGACAGUGAGGUCCAUCCAUGACCUUCGUGUCAUUUCUUUUCAUCAGACUGGGAUCCCAGCACAUGGGAGCCAUUAUAUCGCUGACGACAAGAAAAUGUAGCAGUUUGCCCCUCCUUUUCAUCGCAUUUUUGAUGGAUUAUGCAUAGUUCUCUAAGACUUCACUUUCCCAUCUUAAAUUUCUGGCAGCCUUUAAGACCACAGGCAUUUUCAUCAAGUAGGGUUGGAGGCACGGUCAAAUGAGCACACAAGUUUAAUUUGGGGUGGGUGGCAUACCUGUGUGUGUGUUGGGGUAUAAAGAAGUGGGAACAGGGACAACAUCCUUCCACUUCAGUGCUCUAACCUUUCUAACCUACUAAAUAACCUUUAUGGGCACUUGACUAUAGACAGAGGAGAUAUAUUUUAACUCUAGUUUUGGAUGACUUGUCUGAGAAGACUGAGCCAGUAAAUUAAAAAUCAUAGACUCUAGCCAAUUUAAACUCUUAGAUAAUUGAGGCAGUAUGCCAAAGGGCUUUAUGUAGUUAUGUAUAACUUUUAUAACAACUUUGUGAGUGAGGUGGUGGUGUUCCCAUUUGGCAGAUGAGAAAAUAGAGAAAACAGGCUCUCAGAGACUUGGUUACGUCAUGCUGUUAACAAGUGGCAUACUGAGUUUUCUCAUUGUAAAGAUCUUUCUCAUUGUAGAGCCAUGUGCCUUUGACUUCAGAGGCUUGAUUAUGAGCCUUCUAUCACUCUUUGUCACAGAGGGGUGGAAGAUAUAUCCAUGUAAUCUAUUACUGUCACUGAAAAACAGCCCCCAUUAACAUGUUCUCUUGAGACAGUAGCAAGUUUUGGCGCUAAAGUCAGUAUUUGUUGCUCAUUCUUGGCAAAGAAGAGAGCAGCUGGAGAUCUUAAGAAGCAUUUAGAAAAAUGAUUAUGGCAAACUUUUGAAUCUUGGAAGUUGGGGAUGUUCAGUAAUACAGCCUGCUUUAAAAUGUUCACUACUGGAUGUUCCUGAAUAUUGAGUUGGGCACAGCUUGUACCGGUUGCCUCACAUUUACUGUAACCAGUGAUGCAUUAAUACAGGCCCUGUAACCCAAGCAUUUGUGGACAAUGGUGGAAUACUACUCAGGUUAAAAAGUCACAGAACUCCUUCACCUCACAUUCUCUGGACUUAGUCAUGAGGAGAAGGAGGCCCACUCUGUUCCCACUGGAAAUGCCAGAGAUUCUGAAACAAUAUACAGCAAAGCCUCUGUGCCGCACUGCAGAGCCAGCAGGUCUCUGUGUUAAUUUUGUGAGAACCACACGUGGUAUGGUAUGAAAGGCUAUUAUGUGAGCAUUAACGGAAAAGGUUGUUUGCAACAAGACCUGUGUACUUGUACAAUGUGAAUCUGAAAGUUCUCAAGUGGAUCAUUUAUAUUUACCAGUUAAUUAAAACUCAAUAC